AUGAAGACGAUUGCACUUCUUUCCGGCGGCAAGGACAGCAUCCUUGCGAUGCUGAUGGCGCACCGCUACGGUCACGAACCGGUCGUCAUUGCGAACAUGGCACCCGUGUUGGAGAGCGACGGAGCGUUACGAGGGGCAGCGGAGAACGGUACGCACGGACAUGACAUCGACUCGUACAUGUACCAAACAGUGGGCUUUGAAGCGGUGGAUUCCAUUGCCGCCUGUCUCGGGCUGCCGCUUCGCCGCGGUCGCGUGAGGCGUGGGCUUGCGAAAGAUCAGUCGCUGCUCUACUCUGAGCAGCCGCCCGAGGAGGACGAAGUGGAAUCGCUGUACUCGCUUAUCAGGACAGUAAAGGAAGAGUUCCCAGAGGUGCAAGGGCUCACCAGCGGUGCUAUCCUCUCUAACUAUCAGCGCAACCGCGUCGAGCUCAUCUGCGACCGUCUGGGGCUCGAGUCCCUCGCGUACCUGUGGAUGCGCCAGCCUGAUGAAAUUCUAGACAUGGCCGACGCAUUGCACGUGCAGGCCAUCCUGGUAAAGACAGCGUCCAUUGGUUUAAUGCCACGCUGCCUCAUUGGCAAGACGCUCGAGGAGGCUCGCCCGACGCUGGAGAAGAUGGCGGAGCUCUAUCAUUCCCACCUCGCUGGCGAGGGCGGCGAGUACGAGACGAUCGUGCUGAACUGCCCUCUUUUCCAUGCAGAGCAUCUGACGGUGACGGCAUUGGAGGUGGUGAUGCAGGACGACAACGACAUUUCGCCGUCGGGGCACGGGCUGCUCACUGUGGCGCGGGUGCCCAAGUCAGUUGAGCAACAGGCAAAGGAGGCAGAGGUUCUGGCGCGUGUUCGGGCCGGCGCCGUCACGUUCCCCUCCGACACGAUGCCGCUGCUGCGUAGCUGUGCUGUUUAUCCACUGGCGCUGAGCGCGACGGCAUCCGCGCGUGGCCCGGGGGAGACUAUCGACUUGCCGCUGCCGGCCACCAUCCGCAGCGCUUUGUUUCUAGGCUCUGGGACUGCCGCCGCGCGAGACGGCAUCGCGCAUCACACGUACGCCUCUCCGCUCGAAGCUGGCGCGUCCGCUGCGGAGGCACUGAACGCGUGCCUUACUGUGCUGCAGACGUGGGCGGCGGAGCGCAGCCUCACCCCCUUCUACUAUCACUUCUCGCUCCCUGAGCCUUCCUGGGAGGUGUCGUGCCGCGCUGCGUACGCCGGCAAGGUGUCCCACGUGUGUCCGCCCGGAUUGCUUGUCACGGUGCGUGACUCACGCUCCCGAUCCGCUGCCGCUGUUGAAGCCGAAGUUCUCGCCGCGCCAACGGCGGCGAUUCAGCAGCAUGUGUUGCACGCGCAGAGCCGCAGCUGCUGGGCACUUGGCGAACCGGGGCCGCACUCGCAGGCUCGUCGCGUGGGCCUCGCCACCGGCACCUCACGAUUGUUCGUGAGUGCCACACCUGGACGUGUUCCGGCGACGAGGGAGGUGGCCACCGCCUCUGAUCUUCCUGCUGUCUGCCAGCAAUGCAUUACGGCCUUGGCCGCGGCGCAACACGGGGAAGAGACCAGCGCAGCACUGACCGACAUUGCCGCGCAAUUUGUCGUUGCCAUGUCGAACUGCGAGCGCUAUCUCACUCUCUUCGGGUGCAGCUUCGGCGACGUUGACCGUGCCGCGGUUGUUGCUACCGACGACGUUCCGGUGUCGCUGUUGCCGGCAUUGUGGCAGUGGACGACGCAGAACACAGGUGCGCUGCCGUUUGAGCGUGUCUGCCAGGUGGUCGUGGUCGGCGCCUUGAGCGGGACAGAAAAGAUUCGCGUGUCGAUGGAGUGCGUGGAGGUGAGAGGCGGCGGAGGAUAG